AUGGCAGCGUCCUCGGAACAAGUCGAUCCAAAGCUAGAAGCCCACACAGAGCUAGUGACCUGGUUCCUUCAGCAUGGUGGCACAGUCGACAAGAGCGUGCGAAUCGCACAAGACGCCUCCCGCGGCGUGCACUUGCAAGUGAAAGCAGACUGGCCAGAACCCAUCCCGAAAGAGACCCGGGUGAUCAACACCCCAAUCAACGUGUCAAUGUCUUGGUACAAUGCCGUUGGCUACGAGUGUCCACGGGGCUCAUUCCCUAAGCACGGCGUUGACCUCCCGCGGACAUGGAUCGACGAGGUCGGCCCAGAGGAGACUUUUGCUUUCUUCCUCAUGGGCCAGUAUCUACGGGGACCUGAGGGAUUCUGGUAUCCGUAUCUUCGUACCCUGCCUCAGCCAGGUCAAUUGACCACCCCUUUGUUCUUUGGUGAGGAGGAUGUAGAUUGGAUUCAAGGUACUGGGAUUCCUGAGGCUGCCGUUGAGAGGAUUAAGAUUUGGGAGCAAAAGUAUGAUUUGGGCUAUCUUCAGUUGGAUUCAAUUGGAUUCCCGAGUUGUGAGCAGUAUACGUGGGAGCUGUAUCUCUGGGCUUCAACUAUCAUUACUUCCCGAGCAUUCUCGUCAAAGGUUCUAUCUGGGGCUGUCGAGCCUGCUGAUCUUCCAGAGGAUGGAGUCUCGGCGCUGCUUCCGCUCAUUGACCUUCCGAACCAUCGACCAAUGGCGAAGGUCGAGUGGCGAGCGGGCGAUAAGGAUAUUGGCCUUCUUGUGCUUGAAGAUCACUCAGCUGGUCAAGAAAUUUCCAACAACUAUGGCCCUCGUAAUAAUGAACAAUUAUUGAUAAACUAUGGAUUCUGCAUUGCCGGCAACCCAACUGAUUAUCGCAUUGUUCAUCUGGGUGUGAAGCCAGACAGCCCGCUCGGCGAAGCCAAGGCUCGCCAGCUAGAACUGUUCCCUCAGGUUGCCAAGAACAUCGAGGACCACUAUUACAUCUUCAAUCCUUUCUACCCACUACUGGCCCCCCAAACAACGAUGGAACACUCGAUCUUCUCACCGGCAUUGUUCAACGCAUUGACCGUCAUGGAAUCAAACGCACGCGAGCGCAAAAUGCUUGAGAUCACCGAGGACUGUAUUCGCAUUCCUCCGGGAUAUGGAAACGGCCAUAGUAUCUAUGCUGCCCUCGGUCAGAUUAGCUUUGAGCUCAUGGCUCAUGCCACAAACCUGAAAGCCAGUGCGGAGCAUCUGCCUUUGCAACCCAACACCCUGAACCAGAUCCACUCCCAGAUCUACCGCAAUGGUCAAAUUACGUUAGACCAAGCUGCCUUGGUUAUCGCCACUUGGACUAUCACACGCGGUAGGGAACACAAACGUGGUGAAAGUUGGGAGGAUAUCAAGGUCCUCAUACAUGAGCUAAUGGCACGCGUCCCGGCCGGCCUCAUCUCAGACGAUGUCAUGUCCCGGAUCCGAGUGCGUAUCCUGGAGCGUCCGUCACUCAUCACUAAAAAUGGUGAGCUGUUUAGAUUAGGCGAGCUGUUUGGCCUUCUCCCGGUUGAAAUGCAGGAGCCAGCUCAGACAUGCUUCCAGCAUGCCCUCGGAGUGUCGAGCCAGAAUGUCCCAAGUAUUUCGACAGAUCCACAGACUCUGUUUGCAAUGGUUAUUUGUUUGCUGGUAGCAACAUAUAAUUCGUCAGAGGCACGGUCAAGAUUGUCGUCGCGUCUCAACCGAUGGUUUACUUUCCUGCUUGAGCAAUAUCCUCUGCCUUCUGACACUUCCAGAUCUAGUGUGGAUGAAGCUAGCGAAACACUUCGUCAAUUCCAAGAAUAUACUAUUGCGGAACAACCAAGCUCAAUGGCACCCGGCGAUGGAGUUAAUUGGCUUACCGAGGAUAGUGGAUGGUUGGACUCGAAGUGGCUUCAGUGGGCAUGGACAGUGGCAGGCUCGGAGAUGGUGAUGAUCCCUCUUGAGCCAUUUGAGAUCCUCAAGAUGGAGGGAUCACUGUCUAUGUUGAAACAGGCAUGUCUUUAUGUACCACAAGAGUAA